CCCAGUGUUUUGGUGCGCACAGAGAAACUCUAAUUUGCAAUGCAUUUCAAACAAAAGGGAUACCGCGUCGGCGUCCUCCUCAUUUACCCCAUCACAGCAAUCACUUUGCUUUCAGUGGGUUGGUGUGAGCCUGAUGUUUAUAUUCACAAUGACAGGAGCAGCGUUUUAACGACGAGGGGCCUCUCAACUCAGCCCUCUAACCGACAGGGCGGGCAGUGGCUACACCUCGACUCAAGGCAGGGAGAAGAGUCCAGAAGUCUCCCAUACCUUCGCGACUUCGCGGAAAACAGGGACGGGACACAGAGUAAAACCCCUGGUGGCGGGGCCGAACAGACACUCAAACCCACAAUGGCGUCUGACCAAAACCGUAAGAAACGGAAGCAAACCGAGGGGAAGUGGAUGGACCCUCCAAAUAAAGACUGUAGCAAGGGGGAAAUGAAACCUGUCAUCCACGGCGAGUUUUACAUUAUUGGUAAACUUGAAAUUCGUAUUCCUGACGUGGGCUACCAGUCAUACUCUGCUGAGUCAGUCCAGUCUAAGGGAGGCCAGGAGAGGAUCAGAGGUCAGCGGGUCAGCGCCUCAGAGCGGAGCUGGCAGAGGCUGCAGCCUGUGGUGGAGUGUGGAGAUGAUGCCAUGACUCUCACUGUCAGGAGACGAGCUGUACAACUGCUGCUGGACCGGGUGAAUGAGUCAUCUGUGCCCCUGUCCCAGCUGCCACCUCAGUGCGGCUACUCUGUUCAGACCACAUGGAGAGACCUCAGUCUGAUGGUUCAUUAUAACGCCUGCGACGUCACACAGGAGGAGGGCCGCUAUGUGUUGCCUCUGCUGUGGAGGGGGACUCCAGUCAAGAUGUCCUGUCCAGCCUCUCAGAUCCAGCCACAGGCCGUGGGCCCGUCCUCCAUCUGCUGCUCCCCGAAUGGUAUGACUGUCAAAGUGCAGGGCCUGUCUGUUACAGAGGAGCUGAGGGUAAAUGUCAGAGGAACAUGGACCCCUUUGGUGAUGUUGGCUGAGCGGUGUGGCUACACUUUAGACAGACAAGGUGCAGAGAUCGUAAUCGCUGCUCCAUUUGUUACAUGUGGCAUCACAGUAAAGGAUGGAAAAUACACACUUUCUCUUAAAAUAGGAGAAAAUACAUUGUCACUGGCCUGUCCCAUCUCUCUACCUGAAGAACUCCCAGUAACACGUCAGCCUCUGGUCAAAAUCCCUCAUCGUCAAGCAAGAGGGCCUAUAGACCAUACAGAACCUUUUCCAUUUGGUCCACCUUUCUACCUGGCCCCACCAAACUAUCCCCACCCUACAUAUCACCACAAGUAUCCUAGUACCGAUGGACACGACGCAUUUAACCCUACUCUCUCAUAUUCAACUCCCGAGUCCACAUUUGGCCCACAGUCUCCCGUUGAUUCCCAGCCAGACUACUAUGCCCAUCAGAUUCCUGUGAGGGAGUCUUAUAAACAUUUCGGUGUUCAAAGUUCUCUGUCAUUUACAGAUGUUCUAGAGGAUUCAGGUCUGCUGUAUCCAGAUCUGCAGCGAACGCAAGAAACUCCUGUAUUGGGUCUUUCUGAGAAGCGCAGUGCCACACAUUCUCCCUCCUCAGAUUCAGGCUUUCCGAUUCAAGCUGAAGCGCCACCUCUCCAUGUCUUCAAUCAAUACUAUCACUACUACCAUCACCCUAAAAUCCCUCUUCCUGGCCCACCUCAAGACCCUGUUCCAGGCCAUGAGAUUCCUAAAGAACAGUCUUUAACUAAUCCUCAUAACCCUGAAUUUCCAGUCUUCCCCCCCAUCGAGGCUCUCAGCAGAGUUAACUCGGACCAGGUCCUUCAACUCAUGCCUGAUGCUGCUUCUCAUCCUUACACCCUUCCAAGUCCUGAAUUUGUUCCCAAAGCCUCUGCACCUCAUACACCUUAUCCCCCACAGCCAUAUCCAUACCACUACUUCUAUUACUUUCCACACAUUUCUAGUGGCGAGGCCAAAAGAUUGGCUCCUCUCAACAAGGGCUUUGUUCAUCCACUUCCUCACUCAUCAGACGUUCAUCAGCCAAAGCCAGAUAAAACAAACUUCCAAAAAAAUAGCCCAGAAUGGAUCAAACAUCCACCUUUGUCUGACGACGAUGAUGUAAAAGCAGAGCUGGAUGACAAAAAAAACACAGUCCAGCCUCCCCUCCCACCUGGACCAGGCGCUGUUGCAGUUCCUCCCCCAGAACAACCCUGUUUCCCCACACCGUCAUUCAACCAUAAUCUUCCUCCUUACCCUUAUUACCACUAUUAUCAAAUGUAUUAUGGACCUGAGAGUUUACUUGGCACUGACCCUGUGUCUCCAACUUCAUCUAAAGAAGAAAGAGACCCUCUGCUUCAAGCAGCUUCCUCCCCACCACAGCAUCCAUCAUAUUUUAAACAUCAAACCACUCCUCCACCCACAAAAUCAGUGUAUGAUGAUCACAAUAACCCCUACUAUUAUUACCACCUCUAUCAGCCUAUAGUGUCUGUAGACAAGCAGGAACUACAUCCUUCAAGCAGUGGAAACUCUGAAAAAGCAUCCUCAAAAUCAGAAUCUCAGCUUCCCUCAGACUACAGCACGAUGGAUUGGCUGGUUCAUGCUGCUGAGACAGGAUAUCCCAGCAUCCCACAGCCACUGCACAGUCCCUUUCAUAGCCUAUAUUCCCAUUAUAUUAGUAAGCAACAUCCUAAUGAUUACUUUGGGCAACCUGCUGGAGAAGAAGCAGAAGAGAGACUGAAUGAAGAAAUUGGAGGUGACCUCAAGACUGCUCCAUACACUCCCUCUGCCUCACCAUGUGGCCUUGGCUCUGUGUCAGAUUUUGUUGGCAGUGUUGCUUUGGGCUGCUUUAUAUACCCUGUGAAGGACUGUACAAUGGGACAGCAUUUAAUUUUUGCGGUGCCUGACUCUGUGGUGGAGCCCGCAGUGGCCCCCCCUGUUCAUUUCUCAGAGGUCAGUAAUGUGUCCUGCACACUCCAGAGGCUGACCUCUGACCCCGACAUCUACAUUAUCCCCCUGGAUGGCUGUGGAGUAAACAAACACGUGUUUGGUCAGACAGCGGUUCAUCUGGUGGAAGUCCAUGGUAACUCUCAUUCUCUUCAAGGCCACAGCUCUGUGCAUGAUAACUCUCCUGUCAGGUUGCUGGUGGAAUAUAGUUCCUCCCCCGGUUCUCCAGGUGAAGUGAGGCUCCAUGUGAUGGAUCAACCUCCUCCACUUCCUGUUCAGUCCACACCAGCCAUUGUCACUGUGCAACUGAGAAUUGCCACAGAUGAGUCCUUCACCAGCUUCCACCCUGAGGCUCAUCUGCCUCUCAGCCUCAUGAGAGGCAGACCAGUUUAUGUGGAAGUGAGCCUGCUGGACCCCCCAGAGCCAGGCCUGGUGCUGCUGGUUCACUCCUGUCUGGCUUACACUCGAGCUCCAUAUACCAGCUGGAUGCUCGUUUAUGAUGGAUUUUACCACUGUGUGGUGUUCAGCUGCUCCAGCCAGGGUGAGUCACAUCAGCUUCCUUCCCCACGCUCUGACCGCCACUAUGUCCGGAGGAUCAAUAUCUCCAGCUUCUUGUCUCUACCCUCAGCAAGUCCCUCCUCCAUGGCUAAAGGAGGAUACACUCACCUGGAGGACCCAGAGAUCUACUUUUUGUGCUUGACAGAAGUGUGCUCAGCUGCAGAUGGUGACUGCACACUAGGCUGCAUCAGUCAAGAAUGACGUGUGAACAAUGAAAUAAAGACACUGUCAACUGCA